AUGAAUCAACAGGCCGGCAAUUUUUUUGGAAGUAUCGGGGAGGAGCAAAGGAGUGGCUGGGAUGAGGAUCAGUCUUCGUCUUCGUCUUCUUCUUCUUAUCACCGGGAUGCGGAAGAGCAGUGGACACCACCACCAUCCCCACCCUCUCCAAUCCUCAUCAUCCCCAAUACGCCGACACCACCACCACCCGACGGAGAGGGGAGAAACCGCCGUCCCUGCACCUGCCUACGGUGUAUGGGAAGGGGAGCCGGUUGGCGAGCGGGGGUAGGGCGGGGGAACUACGGGAAUCGAGUCCGGGAGAUGGAGAUAACCACCACCACCACCCCUCCGGCCAACAACAACAACCCGCCGGAGAUACCCCGCCUCACCCAAACACGCAUGGAGCGUUUUACCGCACCGAGGGCUCCCGUGGGGCGGGGUAUUGGUCGGGGACUCCCCCGGCAGUUGAAUUUGAAUUCAGCGGAGAGUUCAAACCCAGGUCGGGUUAGUUCACCGUCACUCUCAUCACUCCCAUCACCCAUACCAACAACAACUCCACCACGAUCACCUGGGUGGGUGACGGCACGCCGGGGACGGGCCCGAGCGCGUCUAGAUUCAGAGAGGGGUUCAUCCCGCCCUACAGCCCGGGUCUCACCCCAACCACGGGACACCAGCCGUAACCGCCGUGAGGAUGAGAACCGGUUAUCAUCACCCCUAGCCCAGGCUUUGCCUUCUACCCCGGCUAGGGAAGUAGGGGUGGUUAGAGCUCACCCCAACCUGCCGCUCCACACAGCUGAACUCGACAAUAACAAUUACCUAACCAGUGAGGAACGCGACAGCCUCGUUAGGAAUGUGGAGGAGCGGUUAAGAGCUCAACCGCCCCUACAAUGGUUUCUCAUCCCCGCGGGGGUUAGUGGAUUACCGUUGACGACCAAUCCACCGGAGGCGACACCACCACCAGCAGCACCACCAGCAGCACCACCAGCGACACCACCUAUCGCACCUGGACCGGGCGCCGGGUAG